AUGCAAGUUGCACUAUGUGACAAUCUUGAAUUACCCUUUCGGGAUGAAUCAUUUGAUGCGGUUCUCUCCAUAGCAGUGGUCCAUCAUUUUGCCACCACCGAGAGGAGAGUAAACGCCUUAAGAGAAUUGGCACGCAUUUUACGUAUUGGUGGUCGUGUUGUUAUUACUGUUUGGGCUUUAGAACAACGUCAUAGACGUUUUGAAUCACAAGAUGUACUGAUACCUUGGCAACCGCCUAAAAAUCGUAAUUUCAACUAUUCGGAUGAGGAAGAUGAUGAAGACUUUUUGCCUCCAUAUCAUGCAUAUACAGAGGAUUCAACGAAUUCCAGUCGUUCGGCUGGAGAUGGUGAUAGUUCGAGUUUGUCUUCUUCAUCACCGGGCGAAUCGUGUUAUAGUUUCGUUCGUAGAGCCAUACAGAAACUAGCUGGUGGCCGUAAACAUGCCUGGUUCCUUGACUCCUGGACCUCUAAGGAUACUAAAAACGACAGUAGUUUAGAUUAUGAAGAUGCAAAAGAUUUACCCAUAGAAUUGCGUCGUUUAGAAGACUUUGAAGAUUUUACAGAUCCACCGUUAUCGGCGGGUCUUAAAUCUCGCAGUCUAGGUAGUAUACUCAAUCCACCACCACGACAAAUUGUACGCUCACGUUCAAGUGUACCAAGUCUCGGUGGUCCAUUACUGCAUGUCGAUAAGAAUACAAACGCUACACAACUCUUAGAUGCUCAUGCAGCCGGACAAGUAGUCAAUGUAUCUUCCGCCAAUUCCAUUAAUCACACAAAUGGUCAUUCACCCACAAAUCAUACAUUAAUAAAUACUAAUAGCUCUACGACUACUGUUACCACAACACAUGCAUCAUCGAAUCUUAGUCGCCGUCCUAAACUCAUUAAGCAAAAACAAUCUCUUUGUGAUGAAGACUAUCAACUGCCAGAUAUGCCAUUUCACAUGUUAAGUCAGUAUAAUGUAAAUACGAAUGGUGUCACCAGUACAUUGUUUGCCAAACAGCAAUCGCUGCCCGGGCAAAAUUUGACCACCCGCCAAAUGCGUAAGCAGAGUUCAUUGAAUGAAGAACUAAUGGCUGGCAAUAGAAUACGGGAAAAGGAGCGUGUACGCAAGAGAAUACAAAAACAAAUGUCGCUCAAUGAAGCAUUUCUCUGUCGUUCGGCCUUGUUUUCCAAACGUUUGCAGGUCAUACGUGAAGGUUUUACCAGCAAAAUUAAAAGUUCUACUGGUAGUUUGGAAAGAGUUACUAAAACGGGCAUAAAUAAAAUAAUGCAAAAUUUAAAAACCACACCAGAAGAGAAAACGCCCUCAGCGGCUCAAGUUAAUAGUAAAACGCCUAAAGGUAAAAUAUGCACACAUGAGCAUCAUCAUCAUCACCAUCAUUAUUAUCAACAACAGCAGCACUCUCCUUUGGUGAGUAAUUUUCAAACUCAUCUACAUCAUUUGCUGCAUCGCCAGAAUACCGCCAACAAGUUUUCUGGUCCCGUAACUAUGUGUAAAAGUUUGGACUGUACCACCACGGCCUGCUAUUGUCAGACCUAUCAUCAAGCCUGCUCACAAUGUACCAAUGCAGGUGAUGAGGAAAAGGCUAGAAGACAUUCCCGAGAAUCGGGUUCAGACUCUUCCAAAGAUAGCAGUUUACAGUCGGACACUAGCAUAGAGUCCGAAGAUAGUUUUGCCUCGGUUAUAUUUAUACCCAAACCCGAGCAGCAUCAGCAACAACUGAACUAUCAGAAACAACAUCAAAAUUCCAAUUCCAGUUCGAGUAAUUCCUCGUCCAGCAAUGGCGGUGGUUGUCAUGUCCACAAAACGUGUUGCCAGAGUAAGUGCGUAUCCUCUUCCUCCAACUUGGGCCAGUGUUGUAAAUUAGAUAUAAAUGGUCAUCGUAUAUCAUCAGUGCCAACAUCUCCACUUAUAAUGCCCUGCCCUCCCACACCCGCUCAUUCGCCAGCAGCGGCCCAAACAGCCGUAACUUCCCCGCCCCAAUCAAUGCCUGCUGUUAUAGCAGCCAUGGCCAUGUUUACACCUCCCGCCAAGAGUAAUCUACCAGAAAAAAGUGCUGAGGAACAAAAUUCCUUGAAUAGUGUUAACAAGACUAGAUUUAAUUUCGAUGAAGCUCAUAUAAAGCAACAAGAGUCCAAGGAUUUACAGCAGCAAGAAGAACUUAAACAAAAGCAACAGCAAAAUAAUCAAGAAAUUAAACCGGAACUAAAAAAAGAACUAGAACAACCAAUUGAAAUAAAAAUCACUAGACAAAUAAUUAAAGAUUUGCCACCCAUACCGAAGUUCCGCAAACAGCAAUCUUUACAAAUAACACGGCAAAGUUUUCCCAUAGUAAGAAGAACUACCACGGCUGGUGGUGGUGCAGCCAUAGCUACCAUACCAAAACUAAUGUCAUUAGAACUAUUUAACCCGGCUACGGAUGAUUUAGAUAGUGAUUCUAGCGAACCCUCUUCACCCGACUCGGUAGAUAGUGUUAUAAGUGCGCCCAGAUCCAGUAAUUUGACAACAGCUCCCAGUUUGGAUCAGGCCAAAGAUGUUACACCCAAUGAGGAGAAACUACCAGAAUCAGAAACUAAAGCUGAAGCUGAAGAAACCGAAAAUGAAAUGAUAGUUAAUGAUGACAAAUCCGAUAUAUUACCCAACAAAUAUGGCGGAGGUAUGCAAACGAAUCAACCACAAGAUUGUCAAGAAUUUGCUGAACAAUUAAGUGCCCAAUUGUUGCGUGAAUUGGAAGAGAAAAAUAAUAAAGCCGAAACAAGAUCUUUAGAAGCUAGUGAAGAAUUCUUUGAAGAUCCUUUCUCACAGCCACGCAAACGUAAUGGUGAAAAAGAUUUGGCCGCCUUAAGGGAUGAGCUAAGAGAACGUAGACUUAUGUUGGCUAAUUUAUCAACACAACCCAGCCUUAAUCAAUCGCCAAAUUCUUCCUCUACAUCAUCGCUCUCCUCACAGACCAGAAGUUUUACCAUACACGAAGAAGAUGAGGACGAGGAUGAGGAGGAAAAUGAACGCAGCUACACUUUACAAUUAUAUGAAAAUUGUAAAAUAUCGAAAUUUAAUUAUAAAAGACAUUUACACAAUAAUUUACAUCCCGAAACGGCUUAUUUGCUACAAGAUGAAGAUUCCUCCAUAAAGGAUGAUGAGGAAGAUGGUUUAGAAGAAAUUGAACAUGAUGUUAUACUCGAAGAAGAUGAAGACGAGGUAGAAGCUGAAGAAACUUUAACUCAACAACAACAAACGACCAAUCAAAUUAAAAACGAAAAAUCUGAUUCUCUCGACGACAAGGAGGAAGAAACUACAACAACGAAAAAGAGUUCGGGCGAAGAAACUACCAUAACAAAUAAUACAACGACCACCUCUACUAAUACCAUGCAAAAUCGUAAUCAAUCGACCGAAUCUUGGGAGCAUUCAAAUAGCUCAACCACUUCACUUGAUAGUCCAUCACAAGGUGGCGCCACCACACACCAUCGCUACUAUCACGUCUUUCGCGAAGGUGAACUUGAUGCAUUAAUCAAUCAUCAUGUAGCCAGUUUGCAUAUAGUAUCAUCGUACUAUGAACGUGCCAGUUGGUGUGUGGUAGCUGAAAAAGUGCAAGUAUGGACAAUUUGAGUGGUUGGUUGGAUAGAGUUUAUGAAUUUAAAAGAUAAAAUAUAUACAUACUACUAAUAAAUUUAUAAAACUAAAAUCGCAUUACAUGGAAUCUAUGUAUACUUAUUAGAAUAUUUUCUUUUUUUUUAUCUUUUGGCAAAAUAAUAUAUAUAGUAUAUGCUGUAUGUAAAUAGUACGGAUAUAUAGCAAAAAUUUUUAAAUAAAAGCUCAAAUAUAUACAAUUCAUAUAUAUAGAUUUAUAUACUCAUUAUUUAAGAAUCAAAAAAAAAUAAACAUUAAAGAAGUAUCAUUAAGAUUAAUGUUUAAAUAAGAUGUUUUUUUCUAGUAUAAAGUCAAUGCUGAUAAAGUGUUUUAAUAUAAGAUUUUGAAAACGGUUUGAAAGUUCUAUUGUUCUAUGUUCAAAAGCUUUUUCUGUUAAAGUCUUUUUUAUGUACUAACUUAACAAUAAGAAUUGGAAAAUGAUUUCUAUGAAAAUUGGUUUUAUACAAAAGGUU